AGCUCCCCUCGCCAUCGUCCCUGAGUGCCAAUGGCGCACGCCUGAGCUCGCAUCCGCCGCGCCGCCAAUGCUGCUACCUGCAACCCGCCGCCGCUGACACGAUGCUCGUCCUCUCAUGUCCCUCCUCCGCACCCUCGAUCGGACCUCCGCCGUCUCACGCAAAUCUCCCCUCUGCCCGCUUCUCACGUUCCUAUGUCCUGCCCUGUCCGGCCCGGCGCCGAGGAGGAGCUUCAGCAACGCCGCAGUAGACCGCGCCCCCAGGAUCAGCGCGGCCGAUGGGGCGCCCGCCGAGAAGCUCUUCCUCCGGGCGCUGGCGCGGGCGGCGUCGUGCCCCGAGCACGCAAAGCACAUGUCGACGCAGCGAGACGGCCUGGUGCUUGUUGCACCACAGCACAGGAAGACGACCAAGAGCGCGGACGCUGCCGUGAAGCGCGAAUACGCCUCGGACAAGCCGUCCAAGAAGGGGCCAUUCAGGAUAGCAAAAACAUUUGCCGAGAAGGAGCUGAAGGCCUUGGUCGACUACUACGGCAUCGACGCCCAGCCUGCCUCGGGAGAAGAUGCAGACGUAGAGGACGAGGGCUCGCUGGUCUGGAACGUGGGCGACGACCAUCAGCAAUGGCCGCCCAAGGUCCCCAUGGACGCGCGGCUCGUCGACAAGCUCAACGCCCUCGUCAAGCUCGACGAGCCCUCGCACGAUGACAUGUGGGAUGCCUACCGCCGCCUAUCGGAGCCGCGCAUCGUUUACCUGCCCCGCAACACCAUACACGACAUGCUCCACCACCUGUCCAUCGUGGAGCGCCCGGGCCUCGACGCCAUGCAGCGCUACCUCUCCAUCCUCGACGACAUGAAGGACGCACACAUCCACAUCAAGCGUAACGAAUGGACCGCCGCCACCCAUUUUGCAGGCCGCUACAGAGGCAUUGUAUCUGCAGACGACCUCCAGUCUUCCCUCUACCUCUGGCGCGACAUGGAACAACGCGCCAAUCUCAAAGGCAGCACCGUAACCUUCAACGUCCUCUUCGACAUCGCUGUCAAGGCCGGCAAGUUCACGCUCGCUGAGCUCUUCCUGAAAGAGAUGAAGGCCCGACGUCUAAAAUUCCACCGCCAUUUCCGCGUAUCGCUGAUAUACUACCACGGCGUGAUGCAGAAUGGGAGCGGCGUCAGGCGCGUGUACCAAGAGAUGGUCCAACAGCGCGACAUCGUCGACGUCGUCGUCAUGAACGCCGUCAUUGCCGCCCUGAUCCGCGCCGGCGAGCCCUCUGCCGCAGAGCACGUCUUCGAGCGCAUGAAACGGCUCGCGGCGGCUGCCAGCAACGGCAGCCUCUCCUAUACCAUCCCGGGCGGCCCUACCAUGACCAAGUCCGACCGCUCCUGGCGCGGCAAGCGCAAGCUUGGGCUGCAACUCACCUACAAUGGACGCAAUCUGGCUCGCGAGCAGGACCCGCAGGGCCUGAAAAACCUUCAAGACUGGGCGCCCAUCGCCCCCAACUCGCGCACCUACAGCCUCCUCAUUCGGCACGAAGCCACCUCGACAGGCAACAUCGACCGCGUCAACGAGCUGCUCCGCGAAAUGGGCUACAAUGGCGUCCCCCUCGAGGGCUCCAUCUUCAUCGUCGUCUUCCACGGCUUCGCGCAAUUCGGCGGCGUGCGUUACUCCUCCUGGACCCGUGCCAAGCUCGAGCAGACCUGGACCGAGUACCUGCAAGCUGUCGACGACAGGCUGGACCGCACGUGGAUCAGUACGACGAGCGUCGUCGCGGCCCUCAAAGCGUUUCGCAAGUGCGCCGAUGUGGAAAGGAUGCUCGAGGUGUGGAAGGAGGUUAGGGAGAUAUGGCUGCCGAGUGCGGAGGAGAAGGAGAGUGUGCAUACGGUGCUGCGGAAGUUGGUGCGGUCGAAGGCGUCCUUUGAUGGGAGCAGGGACCAUGUAUGAUAGAUUCUGGCGAUGUGCUGUACGUGUAGACUUGGAUUGUAUCUGUAUAUACGAGAGUGUGUAAGAGCCCACAUAAUGCUGGCGUUUGAAAUGUACCAUGAGGUUUGACGUGUCAUAAUGAUGGGUAUUGGAAGAAAUGGGGGUGAGGCGACAGUCGUAAUGAUUUUACAUGCGCAGGGGUUCCAAGGUGACGCCAUGAAGCAGGUCACGUUCGCUUUCUCGGGCAUUCCAAGAAUCUCGACUUCAUGGAUGAUCAGGUGGCAGGCAUGCGUGUGCGCCGGUUGUAGAUA